UCUGCGUGUUUGUGCUUCUUUUACAGGAACGAGCGCUGCGUCAUAAAGACGACACGGAGACGCUUCGGAGGUUCUCUGGUCCCUUCUAAACGUUUCCCACAGGGCCUCGUGGAUGCAGCGGUGGCAUUGUGAGGAGAGUGGAUAAAAUGACGCGCGCCUCAAGUCCGGACCUGCUGCUGCUCGUGGUUGCGAUUCCUGAACGCCACAUCAGGCUUGGAUAUAAAUCACUAUGGCGUCGCAGUGCUUUGAAGGUGACUGGCCUUGUCGGUUGCAGAUCCUUAAAGUGGAAACAGCCAGAACCUUCUGUCCCACUUCCGCGAAUCCAGAAUCCAGAAUCAUGUCCGUAAAGAUUCACAUCAACAGCCCCAAUGUGAAGUACACAGAUACGCACAUCGAGGCUGAGUAUUCCUACCAGACCACAUCUGUGCAUAAGGACGGGAACACCCUCACAGUGACCCCCCGCUCCACUGAGAUGACCCUGCGCACGGAGACGUGUGUGCCCAGGCUGGGGGUGAUGCUGGUGGGCUGGGGAGGCAACAACGGCACCACGGUAACGGCGGCUGUGCUGGCCAACAAGAUGAAGCUCACCUGGAACACAAAGACCGGAGUGAAGAGAGCAAACUACUUUGGAUCCCUCCUGCAGGCGUCUACUGUGUGUGUGGGCUCGGGGCCCGAGGGCGAGGUCAAUGUGCCCUUCUGUGACCUCCUACCCAUGGUGCACCCCAAUGACAUUGUCUUUGACGGCUGGGAUAUUUCCUCACUGGAUCUCGGGAGGGCAAUGGAGCGAGCUCAAGUCCUGGACUGGUCGUUACAAGAGCAGCUACGACCAUACAUGGGCGCCAUGAAACCCCGACCGUCCAUCUACAUCCCAGAAUUCAUUGCCGCCAACCAAGAGAGUCGAGCCGACAACGUGCUCACGGGGACCAUAGCGGAGCAGAUGGCGCAGAUCAGAGCUGACAUCCGGGACUUCCGUCAGUCAAGUGGCGUGGACAAAGUCAUCGUGCUGUGGACCGCCACCACCGAGCGCUUCUGCGACGUCGUGCCCGGGAUCAACGACACGGCCGAAAACCUUCUCGCCGCCAUCCAGGCGGGCUCAGAGGUGUCUCCCUCCACUCUGUUUGCAGUGGCCAGCAUACUGGAGGGAUGCGCCUACAUCAACGGCUCCCCUCAGAACACCUUCGUGCCGGGGGCCGUGGACCUGGCCGUGCAGAGGGGCGUCUUCGUCGGCGGGGACGACUUCAAGUCCGGCCAGACGAAGAUCAAGUCGGUGCUGGUGGACUUCCUGGUCAGCUCGGGCAUCAAGCCCACCUCCAUCGUCAGCUACAAUCACCUGGGAAACAACGACGGCAAGAAUCUGUCCGCCCCGCAGCAGUUCCGCUCCAAAGAGAUCACCAAGAGCAACGUGGUGGACGACAUGGUGCAGUCCAACCACGUACUCUACCGACGCGGCGAGAAACCCGACCACUGUGUGGUGAUUAAGUACAUUCCUUACGUGGGAGACAGCAAGCGAGCCAUGGAUGAAUACACCUCUGAAAUCAUGAUGGGAGGCCUCAACACCAUCGUACUGCACAACACCUGCGAGGACUCUCUUCUAGCCAGCCCGAUCAUCCUGGACCUGGCCAUCCUGACCGAGCUUUGUCAGCGUGUGACGAUCCGACCCAAGGGCGAGGACCACUUCCAGUCCUUCCACAGCGUCCUGGCGCUUCUCUCCUUCCUUUGCAAGGCCCCGCUAGUCCCAUCUGGGACCCCGGUCAUCAACGCUUUCUUCCGGCAGAGAGCAUCUAUAGAAAACAUCAUGAGAGCGUGUCUCGGCCUCCCGCCUCAGAGUCACAUGCUGCUCGAGGAAAAGCUGCAGAGACACUUCCUGUCUCCGCACUGCAUCAAUGGCGACGUUGCCUCUUUGAAAAAGAAGGACCCCUUCAUCAUCAGGAACCACACAGAGGCUACAAACGGCAUCUAUGCCAAUGGUGACGAUGCCGAGCACUCCAAUUAAGAUGUGAAACGUAACACAGCUGGGAUCCUUUAUAAUAGCAAUCCUCAUUGAUCGUGGCUCGAUUAGAAAUAAACCAAUGAAAAAAGACAGUUAUCAGCACAAACUCUGUUAAUUCCCUAAUCUCACCCUUUUCCUGUCAAGUUAGGUGUUUUACGUCCAAUUCAUCUAACACGUAAACCUGAAUAAAAGCCCCCAUGGAAGCAGAAAUUUAAGUUGCCGUCGUCUUAUUUCACUUCCAAAGACAAAAAAAACAACAAAGUGUGUUAGGAAUGGAAUAUUUUCUACUCUCUUGUGGAUUCUUCAUCUUGUAUGUGCUUAUAAAGUAUAGUGUAUAACAGAGAGAUAACACAUUCACCAAGACUGCUGUCUUGGAACAAAAGGCAGCCUGUUCUUUUUAAUUUAUCACACACACACACGCAGACACACGCAUGUUUAGGAUGAGUUGAAACCAGAUCAGAACAAUGCACCAAUGCAGUUGGUUGCACAUACGUAAUAUGCACUGUAUGACAU